AUGGGAAUGGAGCAGAACCUCCUUGUGGUCAUGCCAGAGGAGAAGAGGUCAGCAGCAGCUCCUUCCCCAGGUGCAGGAGGAGCUCCCAGUCCAGGAGCAGCAGGAGUUCCUCUCCAGACCAAUGUGACCAGCAAUCGUAGGCUGCAGCAGACGCAAGCGCAAGUGAAUGAGGUGGUGGAUAUAAUGCGAGUCAAUGUGGACAAAGUACUAGAAAGAGACCAGAAGCUUUCAGAGCUUGAUAACCGGGCAGAUGCAUUGCAAGCUGGUGCCUCGCAAUUUGAAACCAGUGCAGCAAAGCUGAAAAGGAAACACUGGUGGAAAAACUGUAAGAUGAUGAUCAUCCUGGGUAUAGUAUGUGCAGUCAUUGUUAUCAUAAUUAUAAGUGAGUAA